GGCGUAGAGCACGAAUUAACGAGAGUGCAAAACACGAGGCAAAAGUGUGAAAGAACGAAAUGAGGGGGGUGUAACAAGCCAGACGACCGUCCAAGCUUUCAUUGACUGAUUAUAAAAAAAACAUGCACCAGAAGGUGAACGCCUGCCUUUAGUUAUUCGGAAUUCUUGGUGUUCUAUGUCAGACGGUAACCUCCUUGGAUACGAUUUGUUUACAAAUGGUGACAAGUGUUUUGAAAUCAGAAUUUGAUUGUGGAGAGUUUUUAUAAAACUAGCGCAAAAAUGACGAACGAAGACGAAGAUGCAUCAAAGGAAAAAGUAGUACAUGUAAAAAAGCUUUGUCAAGGCCUACAAAGCUUAGAUAGAAAAGAGCGGAAACAGGUUUAUGUAGAAAUAGAAAAAUAUCUAUCAAACCCAGAAAUUCAAUUUAGUAAUCAAGAAUUAAGGAAUAUAUUCAGCGAGACUCAUAUGUACAUUCUAAAUGGUUUGAGAGACAGGACUGAAGCAGUUAGAGAGCAAGCAAUCAAGUUUAUCAAUUUUCUUAUCAUAAACAAGUUGUCUCUAAAUGAUUUUUACCUCACAUACCUCUUUCCUGUAGUAAUAGAACGUAUUGGAACUGUAGAGUUAAUAGAAGACUCGGAAGAAAUAAGGCUCCAGCUUGUUCAGCUACUUGAUAACAUAAUCACAAAGUACUCAAACACUGAGCAACUCAAACCAUUCUUAAAUGAUUGUGUUAUUAUUUUGGCAGAAUCAGUAAAAGAUAAGUAUCCUGCUAUAAAAGAACUAAGCUGUCGCACUAUAGUAAAUCUGGCAACAGCUAUGCCCAGAGAUUUUCAUAUGCAAGCUGAAACUUUGAUAAAACCAGUUCUUACAUGUUUUAACCAUCAGAGAUACAAAGUUAGGGUAGAAGCUAUCUAUGCAAUAGGUGAGGUCAUAAUGCAUUCUACCUACAAGGGCUUGGAUGAAGUAGUCACACCUAUGGCAGAAAAGCUCUUUGACCACAUACCUGUUGUAAGGAGAGCAGUUGGGCAAGUAGCUGCAAGAUGGAUGCUUGAAUAUAGGGAUAGAUAUUCAUUUUUCCAUAAAAUUUUACCUUUAUCACUUACUGGUUUGAAUGAUGAAGUAGAGGAGACAAGGCUAGAAGCAGCUAGUUUAUGGGAGAAAGUAGGAAUGCAGUAUCAGCAAGAAAAUGAAAAAGAUCUUAAGGAUGAAUUGGAUUUUUUGUAUGAACUACCAAAGUACUACCCACCGGACAUUAUUCGUCCCAACCCAGGUUGUAGGGUCUUAGUUAAAAGGAACGUGAGCAAAAUUGUACCUGCAAUAUCGAAAGAGUUAACUUGUUGGCAAGAAGAUAUCAGAGUACGCUGCAGUCAGUUACUUUGUGCAAUAGCUCUACAUGCAGAAGAAGGAAUUACACAAAAUUUACAAGACUUGCUUUUAGCCAUGUAUACAGCUGCACGGGAUGAUGAUAUAAGGGUCGUUUCAAACAUAAGCAGAGCUAGUGAGCUGUUGGGGUGGUUUGUCAAGUAUGAGACUUGGUCGGAACUAAUUCUGCCCUUAAUAGAAGAAGGUCCUCAUUAUGGACAUUUAACAGUACUACACGGGCUUGUAAAAGGCUCUCCAUUGGAGUUUAUUCAACCACAUGUUGAAAAAGUUUCCAAAUACCUAGCUGAAGAUUCUAUUUGUAAUAGUAGAAAGGAUAAGUAUCAGUUACAAAUGGCGAACUGUGUUCGAAUACUCUGCACAAAACACACAGGAGGUAUCAAGGACAAUACUGGUUACUAUUUGUUCAAGAUUAUUGUAACAUUGCUUGCUUUGAGGCACAACGAAAAUAAAGAAAAGAUAACUGAAUCUCUCAUGGAUGAUUUGAGGGAUACUUUGAAAGUCGAUUCUUGUAAAGACAUAUGGUCACUAUAUACUGGUAGAUUAUUACAAAACGUACAAAAGAACCCGGAGUCAUGGACUCCUGUGACUGAUGAAGCUUGCAUAUUUCUUACUACAAUCGAGCUAUGUGAUGAGGCAUUCGGCGAGAAUUUGGAACCUGUUAGCAACAUAUUGGAGAAAUUACUUGACACAGAAGCAGAUUCUGAAAUGCGAUUGAAGACAUUUUACGUUUUGGCUAAUAUUUUUGAGAGGAAAUGCAUCACUUUUGAAAAGUCACCAGAUGCGGCGCAAUUUUUAAACCGAUUGAUUAAAGAAGUCUUCGUGCCGUCGCUAGUAUGGAGAGCAGGCGCUUCGGCAGAAGCGGUCCGCGCAAUGGCUGUGCACUGCCUCCGUCACGCCUUGGCACCGCCCACUAUAGGCGUGGCCGAACCGUUCGCCCCUGAUGAACUGCGAGUCAUCGCCGACAAGCUAUUUCCACUCCUCGCGUCGCUCACUGAAGACCCUUCGUAUCGUAGCCGACAGGGGGCGCUGCAGUGCGCCGCGUUUUUGGCGGACAAGUGUAGGAAGGCAGACGCGUGGAUGGUGGAUGAUUUGAUUGCUGUCUAUUCUGAAUUCUUAAAAAGAUUAGACGAUCCGACAGAGAAAGUUAGGAUAACAGCUUUGGGAAACUUGCCUAUGAUAUUAACGGAUGUACCGGAAGAUUUCAAAAACUACACUUAUAAGGCACAUCAUGAGAUGAUAAUUGACACUUUACUGACCCACUUUGACGAUGAUGAUCCCAUUAUUCAAGAUUUGGUUCAUGGUGCGCUUUUGACUACAGCUACAAUUAAUAAAGAAAUCUUACUUGAUAAGAUUGAGAGGCAUAAACCAGUUUUACGUAAUGUGGAAGGAUGUGAUAAAAUUGUUGAGGAAUUGUCUGGCAUGAAGAUUACCGAAAUUGAUCAUUAAGCACGUUUCUGUAAUCUCUUUUUUGUUGUUUGUAUCUUUACACUGUUUUUAUUAAACAUUUUUGUCACUUCACACUAUGGUUACUAUGUAAAUUUAUACUCCUGUACUUUUAAACGAUCCCAUUAACGUGUGUCUCUUUUUUUUCUUUCGUUUUGUAUAAAUGUCAAGUUUCUCGGGUGUUAUUUCAAUAUUUAAUAUCCUGGGAUAUUAUAUUGAAUUUAAUUCUUGAACCCUCAGGAAUACCUUUUCUAAAUCGCAUUUAUUGGUUCUUUUGAAGUUGUGCUUUUUAGAUUGUUUUUAUAAGGAUAAAUAUAACAAAAAAUAUUC